AUGGAGGAUUCCAAGGGAUUCCUUAGCUUCAAUUUUGAGGGUAGCCUCAAUGUUGCCCCUUCCUCAUCCUUCGCCGUCGCCCCCUCCAGCCUCCUCAUCCUGCACAACUCCUCCACGAUCGCCUUUGCUGGUUCUAACAAAGGGCCUGCCGCCCCCACCCCAUCCGCAGUGGGCCUCAUGGGCAGCGACAAUGUUCCAGACCAGUGGAACUUCCGGCAAAUGGUGUGCCGACACUGGUUGCACCACUUGUGCAUGAAAGGUGAUGCAUACGGGUUCCUGCAUCAGUACAACAAGGCAAGGAUGUUGGUGUGCCGCUUUUUCAGGCUCUAUGGAGAAUACUGGAAACAUGAUGGAAGUGGAGACUAUACUCUUGUUCACGAGGAUAAGAAGGAAACUUUGUCUUAA